AUGGAGCUCCACAUGGAUGACGCUGAAGAGGUUCAGGACUGGGCCAAGGCCUUGCGGCUCCACACAGAGCGCUCCGUGCCGAAGGCCUCGCCCAAGGCGGUCGCUUCGCCCACGUCGCCCAGCAAGGACGAAGUGGAGGAGUUGUCCGAGCAAGCUGAUGAAGAGUGCUCCUUGUUGCGGGCGAAGAGCCAAAAGUUGCAGCAGCGCAUCGCCACUCUGGAGACUUUGAGUGACCGAAGGGAGAAGCAGAUGAAGAGAUUGCUCAAGAGGCUAGACGGGGCGAUGCAAAUGCUGGAGGCUUUGGAAGAUAUGUGUGGACAACAGCGGAAGGUGAUCUCGGCACAGCAGCAGGCCAUAAGUGCCUUGAAGGAGGAGGGUGCUGUGGACGAUGACGAGGAGGAGGAAGAGGCAGAGACAGGUGAUGACAGCAAUAGGGAGGAUAUGGACCUAAGUGAGGAGAAGAUGAUGGCUCUCUUACAACAGGCUCAACAGAUGGAGCAGGCCUUAAAACAAAUCGAGGCCUUAUCCAAAGCUGGUGGGGCCGGGCCCCAAGCUGAGGGAGAUGUUGAGGCCAUCCUCAGUCGCUUGCAUGCGCUGGAGGAGGAGAAAGCCAAUUUCGAUCGGAUGGCACGGCGCGAAAGUGCUUGGGCCGUGAGGAAGGCGCAUUCCAGCGACGAAGUCUUGGGAAGAGAGGACAGGGACUGCGGCGAUUCCGACUGGUCCUGGAGAUCGCCACGGCUGCAGAGUUUGGGGCUUUUAUUGUUGGCCUGUGUGGCCAACCAAGCUUGCCGAGCCUUGCCCUUCUAUUUGGUCGACUUUGGUGAUGGUAAGGCUGGCCAAGCCAUGAAUCAGGACUUAGACUUCAAUUCCGCUGACUACGGCUUUUUCGCCACCUUGUGUUUUUCCGUCCCGUUUACCCUGACCUCCUUGUGGGCAGGGGUCAUGGCUGAUCGCAUGGACCGCUUCCAGCUCACCGCCUUCGCAGGUGUGGCAUGGUCCCUGUCAACCGCCGGCAUGGCUGUUGCCAGCUCUUACGGCGGCCUUCUCCUGCUCCGGGUGGCUCUAGGCCUGUCGCAGGCUGCCACGAACCCAGCAGCUUUGUCACUGAUCGCCGAGCUGUUUCCUGAUGCACGAGCAACGGCUAACUCCAUUUUUGGCCUCGGCAUUUACUUGGGUGGUGCGCUGGCAUCCCUGGGCGCUUUCGUGGAUGAGCAGGAGGGAUGGAGAGCCGCAUGUUUAGUUUUUGGCUUUUUCAGUGUUGCCGCCUCGCUGCCAGCAUUGACCAAGCGCGAUGAGAAGCAAGCUCCGGUGCGAAGGUCUACGUGGCCAGCUGACGACAUGGAUUUGCAGACAAGGUUGGCAUCGCUGCCCGAGGCGGCUGCCACGGUUUGGGAAAGUUCGACUGAGGCUGUGGCACCUACCGGGGCACGAUGGCUUUUGUUGGCCUCGGCACUUCGAUUCAGCGCAGGCUUCGCAAUUUUGGUGUGGCUUCCCUCCUCAGUGAGGGCCACCUUCCCCAACGAUGUCGAACAGCCAGACGCCGAGAUCGGCACGGUGAUGUGCUUCGCGUUUCGCAUGUUUCGCAUGGUCUGGGCCGUGCACCAUGGCCAUCCAUGGCCGCCGCUUUCUUGGGUGCGGCACGUGCCGGCGCCGGGUCAUGGUGAUUUCACCAGGUUCGCCAUCGUGAACUCUUUGAUCAAAGGCUUUGCGGGCAGCAUCUCCUCCAUCAGUGGAGGCCUGGCCGCGGAUGCCUUGCGGUCUCGAGGAUUUGGCGAUCGGUCGGCCGCAUGGUUCUGUGCAGCCUCCAGUAUUUUGUCAGCCCCACUUUGGUAUUUUACCCUGGCCGAUGGCUUUAGCUUCGAGGUGUGCAUGGGUUUCCUUUGUGCAGAGUAUUUGGUGGCUGAAAGCUGGUUGGGCGCCGCCAUCUCUGCGCUCCAGGGCGCCGUGCCCGCCGACCGGCGCGGCACCGCGCAGGGCGUUUUCUCGUCCUUGACUGCGCCACGUGGCCUCCAAAGAAUCAUAGCUCGCCACAGGCUGGGCCAAGCACUUCCUGUGGGCUUGGGCCUUUUGGCGCCCGAGGAUUUAACCCAGGGGUUACAGCUCAGCGUGUCAGUUUGCUACUGUCUCAGUGGCCUUUGCUUUCUCAUCGCUUCCAGCCAUUUAUCGCAGGAAGUGCCUCAGGAUGAACGCUAGGGUGGCGAACGCUGACAGGUGAGACACUCAUGCCAGUCUAGCGCAGACGAUUCUGAUUUUGGCGUGGCUGCUAUACACGCGGCCAGAAGUUCUCAGAAAUGUUUUGAAUGAUGGAUUUUUGAUCUUGAGUCAUCUUUCCUGUAGCCAUUUGCCCCUAGCAGUGUUGGCAACACUCUUGGCGUGAUGUGCAUUGGGAGGGGCGCACUCAAGAUAAGCUCUCUUCCAAACAAGCCAGUGGC